AUGGAGACCACUCCUCUGAGGCAGUUCCUGCAGAGUGUAUGCUGCAAUUCUCCUUGGAAUUAUGCUGUGUUUUGGAAGCUUCAGUUUCAGAACCAAAUGGUUUUGACAUGGGAGGAUGGAUGCUGCAACAUCCAAAGGCCGAGAGAUUCCAUGGAAAGCCUAAUAGAUAAUCUCUGCUUUAAAGGCGCAGAUGAAGUAUCUUCUAAUUGGGGAUCGAGUAUACUUGAUGGAAAUUUGGAUCAAUGCUCAAUUGGACUGGCACUGGCUGAAAUGUCCAGUGUUCAUUAUGUAUUUGGAGAAGGGAUUGUUGGUGAGGUGGCAUCUAAAGGGAACCAUCGCUGGAUUUUAUUGGACAAUAAAUCAGCUGGUGAAUUAAUUCCCAAGUGUCCAGAUGACUGGCUACUUCAGUUUGUGGCGGGUAUCAAGACUAUUUUACUUGUUCCUGUUGUUUCACAUGGAGUUCUGCAACUUGGCUCCUUAAAUACGGUUGCUGAAGAUCUGGCGGUGGUUGAUUGUCUCAUAAAUAAAUUUAAUUCAAUUCAAACUGUGGGGCAUUCUGCAUCUUUUACCUCAGCAAAGAAAUUCCCAGCUCAGACAUCCUCAUUAGCGAUGUCUAUCCUCAUGGAUAACUUACAUGAGUCGGUGGCCAUUAGCAUGAAUGGAAUUAAACCCGAAGAUUUGAAUUCCGUUGACAGUGUUGAACCAAGAAAUCAACUGCCAACUACAAAUAAACUGACACCUUUGUGCAUGGUUCAAGAUUCCUGUAACAUAUUUGAAAAAUAUAUGCCUAAAAUUCCCUACGGUGGAAGUGAAAAUGACGGCAAUGUGGGCGUAAUGGGACAACCAUUUGUAGACAAGGAUGCUAAUGAGACAGUUCAUGAAAGUGGAAGCAGUGUCUUCAGCUUUCCCAGACACUACAAGGAUGCUAAUGAGACAGUUCAUGAAAAUGGAAGCAGUGUCUUCAGCUUUCCCAGACACUGUGAGUUGCAUAAAGCACUGGGAUCUGCUUUCCAGGGUCAUAACAAUCAGGAAUUGUACAUCUCAGGCAAGGAUACAUGUAUCAGCUCAAGUCUCAUCAGUAAUGGAGAUCCCAUGCAUAAUAAUGCACCAUCAUACUGGGAAUUCGGGGGAUCAUGUGUCACGCAAUAUGAUGCUGAACAUCUCCUGGAAUCUGUUGUUUCCACUGCAUGUAGUGGUUCAGAUGAUAAUUCAUCCAAAAACCUCAACAGUGCCAAGUCAUCUACAACCUCCUCAGGACAAUAUGCUGCUUCCUCAACUGUACAAUGUCAAACUGAAGGAAGUGCCUUGGUGGAAGCAGUUACAGUUCCAUGGAACCUUGGGACUUCUGCAUUUCUUGCUAGGGGCAGAACUGCUACUACUAAUCCAGAUCCUGCAGCUUCUUCAUAUGAGAGCACGAUUAGUGCAUUGAUUGAGGAGGAGGAGCAUCAGAAAAAGGGGUCUGGUUACCUGCACCCUCACAAGGGAUCAAACCUAUCUAAUUUCAGCAAAAGAAGGGCCAGGCGUGGUGAAAACAAGAAGCCAAGACCAAGGGACAGGCAGUUGAUUCAGGACCGUGUCAAGGAGCUACGUGAACUUGUCCCAAAUGGAGCAAAAUGUAGCAUUGAUGGUCUCUUGGAUCGAACCAUAAAGCAUAUGGAGUUCUUAAGAAGUGUUACUGAUCAGGCUUAUAAGUUGAGGCAGUCGGUUCAUCAAGAAGUAAGCGGUCAGACGAAUACAAAAUCGCCUGGAAUCAAAGCUGGUGGACAGAAUGGGAGGAGCUGGGCUUUUGAGUUGGGAAGCGAGAAACAACUGUGCCCCAUUGUGGUGGAAGAUCUUGAAUACCCAGGGCACAUGCUGAUAGAGAUGUUAUGCAAUGACCAUGGACGCUUCCUAGAGAUUGCUGAGGCAAUCCGUGGUGUGGAUUUGACUAUCUUGGAGGGUGCAAUGGAAACUCGUUCAGGCAGCACUUGGGCUCACUUCGUUGUUGAGCACGAAGUUAACACAACUCGCCUGUCGUGCGCGAGGCUUCAAGAGAAUUCCAUCGGCAAACCUAGUCCUAGAGCAUUGAAGAAUAUGCAGUAUAAAAGGUGGCAAAUUCCGAAGCAAAUGAAGAUCAGAACCCACAUUAGCCGCUUUAGAGUUCAGCAUAGUGAAAACCGUGUUUCUGGCCCAUUGACGGGAUUCCUUUUAUUGGGUGAGUGUAAAUGUUGCGCAUGUAAACCAGUGGACAUGAGGGGCUGCAGAUUCAUUACGUUUUUACGGCCAAUUCGCCAAGUUUCAAUUUACUACUGGGGCGAAGUGAAGGUGUUCCUUGGACCUCGUAGAACAAAUGGGAUCAUUCCACUUGAGCAAGAUUGUGUUAUAGAAACAUAA